AUGGGGCAUGACAGCAGUGGGGAUCCUGGCUGGACCCGCAAAAUCAAAACAAAAGGUGAAAUGCUUGAGAAGCUCACCGGCACCUCAGAAUGUUUCACAGCCAACGGUGCAGAUUAUAGGGGAACACAGAGCUGGACGGCACUGCAAGGCGGGAAGCCAUGCCUAUUCUGGAAUGAGACUUUUCAGCAUCCGUACAACACGCUGAAAUAUCCCAAUGGGGAAGGAGGUCUGGGUGAGCAUAACUAUUGCAGAAACCCAGACGGAGACGUGAGCCCGUGGUGCUAUGUGGCGGAGCAUGAGGACGGCGUCUACUGGAAGUACUGCGAUAUCCCUGCCUGCCAGAUGCCUGGAAACCUUGGCUGCUACAAGGAUCACGGAAACCCACCUCCUCUCACCGGCACCAGUAAAACGUCCAACAAGCUCACCAUACAAACCUGUAUCAGCUUUUGUCGGAGUCAGAGAUUCAAGUUUGCGGGGAUGGAAUCAGGCUAUGCAUGCUUCUGUGGGAACAACCCUGACUACUGGAAGCAUGGCGAGGCCGCCAGCACCGAGUGCAACAGUGUCUGCUUCGGGGACCACACGCAGCCCUGUGGUGGGGACGGCAGGAUCAUCCUCUUUGACACUCUCGUGGGCGCCUGCGGGGGCAACUACUCAGCCAUGGCAGCCGUGGUCUACUCCCCAGACUUCCCUGACACCUACGCCACUGGGCGGGUCUGCUACUGGACCAUCCGAGUUCCGGGAGCCUCUCACAUCCACUUCAACUUCACCUUAUUCGAUAUCAGGGAUUCUGCAGACAUGGUGGAGCUGCUGGAUGGCUACACCCACCGUGUCCUGGUCCGUUUCAAUGGCAGGAGCCGCCCACCUCUGUCCUUUAAUGUCUCUCUGGAUUUUGUCAUUUUAUAUUUCUUCUCUGAUCGCAUCAAUCAGGCCCAAGGAUUUGCUGUCUUCUACCAAGCUACCAAGGAAGAACCGCCACAGGAGAGGCCUGCCAUCAACCAGACGCUGGCAGAGGUGAUCACCGAGCAAGCCAACCUCAGCGUCAACGCUGCCCACUCUUCCAAAAUCCUCUACGUCAUCACCUCCAGCCCCAGCCACCCACCACAGACUGUCCCAGGUAGCCACUCCUGGGUGCCGUCGGUUGGGGCCAGCGGCCACAGAGUGGAAGGAUGGACUGUUUAUGGCCUGGCAACCCUCCUCAUCCUCACAGUCACAGCAGUUGUCGCAAAGAUUCUUCUGCACAUCACGCUUAAAUCUCAUCGAGUUCCUGCUUCAGGAGACCUUAGGGACUGUCGUCAGCCAGGGGCUUCUGGGGAAAUCUGGACCAUUUUCUACGAGCCUUCCACUACAAUCUCCAUCUUUAAGAAGAAGCUCAAGGGUCAGAGUCAACAGGACGACCGUAACCCCCUUGUGAGUGACUGAGGCCCGCUGUACCUGGAGGGGAGGCUCAAGCUUGCUGGGAGCUUUCCUCUGAGGACUUCCUGCCUCUCCAUUCACCUCGGUCUCUCUUGGGGGCACCUUUCUACAGACUUGAAGGGGUACCCUGUUGUGAGGGGCAGUGUAGCCUGGAGUCUUCCGUCACCUGCACUAGCCUGGCUGUCCUAGCCUGGCUGUCCUUUAACUGUCACUACUGGGGAUGUUAAGACGGGGGCUGAGCUGACAGGACACAGCUGGCCUUGCUCCACAAGUCUGCUGGGUGGUGGGUGUUCAGUGGAUGAUGAGUUUUGCUUCUUCUCUCUUUGUCCACAUAUAGAUCAGUGGUCUUUACAGUUUGGAAAGUUUGGUUUUUACAGAGCUAGACUGAAAGAAUUCUCAGGUUUUCUUGAAGGCUGGCCUGGCUCCUCGCCAAGUGUGAUCUCUUGGACAUUAGCACCUCUAGCGCACAGAGGCCCAGUCUGGCCCUGGAGCUUCCUCUGGUGCCAACUACGCUGUGUAUUCUAGUCUGAGGGGACUGAGGACAGAGCCACAGCAGAUGUCUUCUUUCCAGAGCAUUCUUUUUGAUAUUUACUGACCUACAGGGCAAGCUGAGGCUUGCUCUGUCUGUUUGUCCAUGAACAGACAGUAAACUUCUUGUAUACUAGGCUUACCUGACUGCCCUCAAGCAGUUCACAGGCCUGUGGAAUCUGAACUAAGCCUGUCCUUCUAGCCUGUCAGCCAACCCCUGCUUCAGAACCAGGAGUUCAAAGACUGCAGCAUAGAGCUGGGGCUGGAGUGCAGGGGUGGAGAGCUUGCCUUGUGCACAUGAAGACCUAGGUCCUAUCCUACACUAUCAUAAAGUGGGGAAGAAAAAAGACUGUAGCAUAGCCUGUGGGCAGCACCCUGUGGUUCCUACAGGAGGGGUCUACCAUUUUAGAAGACCAGGACUCCAAGAGUUGUGUCUUUGUCCCUUAUCAUGGGGACACAGUAGUCAGGGCUUAGGGCUCUUGUCUUGCCCCUUGACUGUGUUCCUUAGACAGAGAGGCAGACUACAGAAGUUGGCAGGAAAAGGCAGGGCUUGGGAACUGAAGAUCCUCCCAGGACAGGCUGAAGAUUGAGAGUCCCAGCUGCAGCAGCCGCCUGUUGUGAGAGGAAGGCCAAUUAAGAAGCCCUGCCAUUGGGAAGUGGCCUUUGUUAGCAGCAGCUGAGAUCAGCCUGCGCCCUGGGCGGACUGCAGUUGGCGUAUGGCUGUCCUGCCAGCCCUUGAGCCUCUGCUCUCCUGGGUGCCCUCCUGGAGCACGAUGCGUGACCUCCCCUGAGUUCCAAGCCACUGCCGUGGAGGCCUUUCAUAGGGUUUAGGUGGCCCAUCCGCCGCUGGCUGCUCCAGGACAGAGCACUGUAUGGGAGCAUCUCCUGAGGGAGAGGCAACAGGAGUACAGAUGAGGCAGUGACCAGAGCUGAUGGGUAGAGAGGCAGCCGAGGAGGAGGUAUAUUGUGUCUCUAUGGUGGGCCGGGGGCUGGCCCAGCUCCCAUGGGAGGCCUGUGGGGACACAGAGCCACUGGGGGUAGUCUUCUCGCUCUGAUCUGGGAAAGGAUGCCGGCUCCUAGGGAGGAAGACAGGCCCACCACACUUGAGGACCACUGGCGAUGGAGUUCCACCCCGGGAAGUCCACAGCACCGUAGGAUCUCCCCGGAAACAAGUGUUGAGUCGCAGAUCACCAUGUGAAUAGGGCAGAGAGGAUGCGGGCCCCAGGCUUCCUCCUGCCACCACUCACCUGCCUCCUCACGUCUUGGGCACAGGAAGCUAGGCCCCAGUGUGGGGCAGCUGCAGCUCCCCAGCCCUUUAUCAGCAUGCCCACGUCCCUGCUGCUGCUCCCCUGGCAUAGUCCAGCAUUCUAGGAUCCACUUCCUCUGUGGGGGGCAGCCCAGGAAACACCAUCCCACCUUAAAACAGCAUGGGGCAGUGGAAGGGCAGAAAUGACAGCCACAGUCUGUUAGAACCUAUCAGCAGCAGAGGGCCCUUCCCCAGGUAAACACUGAGGGGCAGACGGCCCAGAGUGCUGAGUGUCCUUCCAGGGUUGGGGGAGGCCUCUUGAGGAGAGGUGCAUGAGGUAAGCCUGGGAGAAAAGAACAGACUGCCUGGACUCUGAGAGGCAGUAGGUAGAGGCGUUGGUGCCCCGAGCUCUUCCCUAGUCACCUCACUGCCUAAACAGUAAAGACAAAGUAGAAAAGAGGCCUGUGUCUCCCCCACCCCCGCCCCCGUCAGCAAGGAUGGGCCUGAGGCCGCCUGCAGUGAGCCCGGUGACCAGACCUCUGGACUUCUCAAAUGUAGGCUCUGGCUUCAGACUCCUCAGCCAGAAGCUCCUGAAGAUCAAAGCGCUGGCAGGUCCAGCUGUCCUGGCCUCUGGGCCAGCCCAUGGGAUGUGCCUGGGCCAGGUGCCACCCCAUGCCCCACUGUCAGCCCAGGCGGGACCCCAGCUGACACUCCUCGUCAGCUGCUGGUCUGACAGCAGCGCGGCUUGCCGUCUCCACGGACAGUGCACGCUUAACCUUCAACAGCACUUAGAAGCCGAGGGCCCUUGGACUGCCAGCCUGUCUGCAGGGGCGCACGGCUCUCCAGGCCCGCCCCUCACUCCACAGGCCUCCUGGCUCCGCUGAGUUCACAGUCUCCUGUCUGGUGUUCUAUGUGAGCUUUAGGUGCUGCCCAGGGACUGUCGGCUGCCCUGGGCUUGUUCCCUGUGUGUCUUUGUUUACUGCCCCCACUGUUCUACCUCCAGGCCACUCUCAGCCUAGCUGCUCUGUCUGAGGGUGGGGGGCUUGUCAGACCUGCCAGCAGCACCCCUCACCCUGGUCUGCCAAGAGGACCCGGGAGUCUGUCACACAGGCUCCUGUCUUACCAAGUGGGAGCUGAGCGCACCAGCGGGGCUGAGUGGGGCGCAGGAGACAGUGGGAGGGGAAGCUCUAACGGCAGAGGGGAGUGUCCGGGGGUGGAGGGGUGCGCGUAUGGAAGGGAUCCUGUCUUGCCUGUACAAGGAGCUCCACCCUCGUGGCACCAUGACCUUCCCAUUCCAAACUCACCCUCCAGCAGGGAUUUGACUUUGGACAAGGCUUUACUUGUAAAUAUGCUCUUAAUAUACAACUUUGAGAAUAAAAUAGAAACAUCAUGUAUUUUAAAAUAUAAAAUGAAGUGUGACACACUGUAUACAAUUUAAUAUAUAUUUUUAGGAUUUUGUUAUUUAAGAAAAUGGAAUGUGAUGGUACUUAACUUUUACAAAAGAGAGAAAAAUGUUAUUUUUACUGUUUGAAGAAAAUAAAUAUUCUCAUUGUUGUACAAACAGUGGUGGGCCCUGGGCUGUCAUUUUUACAGGGGCACCCCGAGCGGGCCCCACAGGA